AUGUUGCGUCGCUUCGCUGCCCACUGCAUCUCCACGACCCGCGGCCAUGCCCGUGGCAGCUGCCAACCCCUGAACAGCCGCGGCCUCUCGACCUCGGAGCUCUACAAAAAUCCGCGGAGCUCGAAGUUCUCCAUGACGAAGAUCGUCGCCACUGUCGGGCCCGUGUCCGAGCAGAAGGCGACGCUGCAGCAGCUCACGAACGAGGGACUGCGUAUCAUGCGCAUUAACUUCUCCCACGCUGAGUACGACGAGGCGCUGCUCCGGAUCCAGAAUCUUCGCGCGUGUAGGGGCGUGCACGCUCAGGGGCAAUCCACUUUCAACCUGCGCGCGGUGCUGCACGACACCAAAGGUCCUGAGAUCCGAACGGGAAAAAUGCUCGAUGGCAAGAAGAUCUUCCUGGAAAAGGGCAAGACGGUCGUGUUGACGACGGACGCUGAGUUCGAGCUCAAGGGCACGGCCGACAAGUUUUACGUGACGUACAAGCAAUUGACAGAGACGGUCAAGGUGAACGACACGGUGCUGCUGUCCGACGGAUUGAUUCGACUCACGUGCGUGGCCGUGGGCAAGGGAGAGAUCACGUGCACAGUUGAGAACUCGGACGAACUGGGCAACCAGAAGGGAGUGAACCUCCCUGGGUUGAAGAUCGACUUGCCAGCUCUGUCCAGUAAAGACAAGCGUGACUUGGACUGGAGUGUCAAGAACGACGUGGACUUCAUUGCUGCAUCGUUUAUCCGCAAAGCAAGUGACGUGAAGGAGAUCCGCACGUUCGUCGACGAGUGCGUCAAGAAACAUUGGACGCACGAGCCCACCUACAUCGCGCCCAAGAUAAUCUCGAAAAUUGAGAACUUGGAAGGAGUCGAGAACUUUGACGAGAUCCUGGACGCCUCGGAUGGCAUCAUGUGUGCUCGUGGCGAUCUCGGUGUGGAAGUGCCUUUACAGAAGGUUCUCACCUACCAGAAGAUGAUGGUCGACAGGUGCAAUGCCGUUGGAAAGCCCGUGAUUGUAGCGACGCAGAUGCUCGAGUCCAUGCAGACCAACCCGCGUCCGACGCGAGCUGAAGUUUCGGAUGUCGGCAACGCCGUGCUUGACGGUGCCGACUGUGUUAUGCUCAGUGGAGAGUCCGCUCAAGGCAAGUACCCGAUUGAGUCUGUGAGCACGAUGACAUCAGUGAUCAAAGAGGCUGAUGAGCUGCUGCUGCAACCGGCUUAUCGAGCCAAAUUCCAGUUUGAUCCCCCGACGUCGGAUGUCGAGUCUGCUGUGUCGUCAGCCGUCAAGACUGCGAAUGAGAUGCACGCUCAACUGAUGAUCGUGCUGACCCGCACGGGUUACACGGCCCGCAAGGUGGCCAAGUACAAACCCACGGUGCCGGUCAUGUGCUUUACGACUGACAAGAAAGUUGGCCGUCAGCUUCAGAUCCAUCGUGGACUGUACCCUGUUGUCCCCGACACUUUCGACCACGCACCGACCACUGCUGAAGCUAUUGCCCAUGCCAAGAAGAUGGGGUGGCUGUCUUCAGGCGACCGCGUUGUCUUAAUCAGCGGCGACAAGCUCUCGGACGAUCUUGGUCGAGAAAUCCUCAUUGGGGUUGCUGACGUCCAGUAA